AUUACACAUACGCCGGCCGAUCACAUAACAAUUGAUGACAAUGAUUGAAACAUUUUACAUAUGUGCUUACAUUAUUUGAAGGUGAUUAUAUGAUGUCCUUGCCUGUUAUUUGAAUCUUAAGGUUGUUGUAAUAUCGCAUCUUCUCUAAAUGAUUUUUAUCUAAUGAUAUCUUAUUAGGCAGAAUAUACUGUUUAAGCAGAUAUUGUUUUGUUAUUACUCAUGUAAUAUUAGUUGAACUUAUAUUAUGGCUGCCCCUACUAAAAAGACGAUCAAGCGUCGUAACAAACGAACGGACAAGGUUGUUGUGGUGAAAGAUGUGAAGGAUGGUUCUAAUGAUGCUUACAACUUUGUGAAUUUACGUCGUGUGAGUGUGCCGGCAAACAGACUUACGCCGCUUCGUAACAAUUGGGAGGUUAUUGUGCGUACAGUUGUAGAGCACCUCAAGUUACAGAUUCGUAUGUGUACUAAAAACAAGGUAGUUGAAGUGAGGCCUGGCUCUGAAGACACAGACCUAUCUUCCCUUCAGAAGGCACAGGAUUACCUUCGUGCUUUUAUGCUUGGAUUUGAGCUGAAAGAUGCUGAAGCUCUUAUUCGUCUCGAGGACAUAUUUAUCGAGAGUUUUGACAUAAAAGAUGUUAAACGUCUCAAUGGAGACCAUCUAUCGCGUUGUAUUGGUAGAAUAUCAGGAAAAGACGGCAAGACUAAGCAUGCCAUAGAGAAUAUGACACGUACUCGCAUUGUACUUGCACAGGAUCGCAUUCAUAUAAUGGGCAGUUUCAACAGCAUUAAAAUGGCUCGUCAUUCGAUUAGCAGCCUAAUAUUAGGCAACCAGCCGGGAAAAGUAUACAACAAUUUGUGCAACAUAUCAAAGCGUCUUCGCGAAAAGCUUUAAAUUGCAACAUUAAUACCCGUAUAACCCGUAUUGAUGUCGCUUAAACAAACGAUUUAAUCCGUAUUAUUUACAACACUGUUUUGAGCAUAUG